AUGUGCUCCCGCGGGUCCUGCCACGACUACGAGUCCUCCUGCCGUGGAUCCCGCUCCUCCUGCCACAGAUCCUGGUUCUCCUGCCACAGAUCCCACUCCUCCUGCCACGAGCCAGAGCCCUCCUGCCACUCCAUCCAGAGGCAGCCGGUGCAGAAAUGCACCUACGUGACACCCUGCUGUCCCCCCGUGCAGCGUUACUGUCCCCCUGUCCCCUGCUGUCCCCCCGUGCAGCGCUAUUGUCCCCCUGCCCCCUGCUGUCCCCAGGUCCUGUGCUGUCCCCAGGUGCCCUACUGCCCCCAGUACACCAAGAACAUCUGGAACCUUCCACCGGCAUGUCCCAAGUACUGAACAGGAUCCAGCCCCGGCAACUGGACCUGCUGGCUCCUCCCUUGGACACCCUGCCCUGGGCUCGUCUUGUCCAUGCUGAAAUCCCUGGGUCUCCACCAUGUGGGAUCUUGGUGGGGAUGAAAUGCUCCCCUAAUUAACAUUUAUGGUGUUAUUCUUGCUAAUUAUUCGGGAAAUAUCCUUUGUAAUUAUUCAGGGCGUAAUUAUUUGUUGGGAAUCUUUCUCUGCCUUGCACUUCUGUUUCAGACUCAUCUGGGUGUGGGAAACAAUAAAUCUGA